AUGGAAGUUUGGUUACCAGUGGAAGACUUACUAGUUUCCAAUAUUGGGCGCAUCAAGAACAAAAAAGGUAUAAUUUUAAGACCAGUUGCACGAGCCUUUGUUCCUAAUCCAAAAAAUAAGCCUUACGUUAACCACAUUAAUGGAAUCAAACAUGAUAAUCGGGCUGUUAAUUUGGAAUGGGUAACUCCUAAAGAGAAUGCUGAACGUAAGAAAACAUUAGAUGGGGAAGUUAUUCAGAUUUGGAAUUCUAUUUGCCUCGCUGGUAAUACGCUUAAAAUUGCAGAAAAUAGCAUUUCGGAAUGUUGUAGUGGAAAGCGAAAUACCGCCGGUGGCUGGUGUUGGAUAUAUUAUGAAAAUUAUAUACCACAGGACCCUAACGAAGAAUGGAGAGAAAUAGAAUAUAAAUUACGAAAGUUCAAAGUUUCAUCUCUAGGGAGAAUUCGGUUAACGAAUGCAUUAGCGUUUUGUUCAAAAGAAGAAGGCAAAGAUUGUGUAAAUCAUAUUGAUGCUUUGGGUCACUGUCGCAAACAUGCCAUCAAGCAGAUUUUCGAUGAUGGAUCUUUCCGAGAAUUUCCAUCCUUAGCUGAAGCACAACGCAUGACUGGAAUUAAAAGUCAAAAUAUUGGACUAGUAUGUCGAGGACUUCAAGCUCAUGCUGGAGGAUAUCGUUGGGAGUAUGUAAGCACAAUAUCGCAUAAUAAUCAUGAUUUUUCACAGUAA